CUCGCCGCGCUCUCGCCUCUCGGGGAGAGGAGGCACAGACAAAAGCCAAGUGGCAUGCAGGCAUUCUGAUUCCUGAGUUUGAGCUACCAAUGGCCAAGUGCGCAUAAGCUGGGAACCGAGCAUUCGUCGCUAGAGCUUGGCAUCAAGGAAGCCUCGGUUUUUCAGCUCCGGGUUGGGGGGCUUCCGGAGAUGGCGUCCUCGCAGGAGAAGGCCACGUCGGGUGUCCUGCGGAACGCGGCGGCGUUGCUCGACGAAAUGCAGCUCAUGGGAGAGGCGCAGGGUGCAAAGAAGGUGAUCAACUCCGAGCUCUGGCACGCCUGUGCCGGGCCGCUGGUGUGCUUGCCGCAGCGGGGCAGCCUCGUCUACUACUUCCCCCAGGGGCACAGUGAGCAGGUUGCGGCUACCACUAAGAAGGUACCGAAUUCACGCAUCCCGAACUACCCGAGCCUCCCGUCUCAGCUGCUAUGUCAAGUCCACAACAUUACUUUGCAUGCUGACAAGGAAACUGAUGAGAUUUAUGCUCAGAUGACCCUUCAACCAGUGCACUCGGAAACUGACGUUUUCCCAAUUCCAACUCUUGGUGCUUACACCAAAAGCAAGCAUCCCACAGAAUAUUUCUGCAAAAAUUUGACGGCAAGUGAUACAAGUACACAUGGUGGUUUCUCAGUGCCACGCAGGGCUGCAGAGAAGCUGUUCCCACAACUUGAUUACUCAAUGCAGCCUCCUAAUCAAGAACUUAUUGUUCGAGAUUUGCAUGAUAACCUGUGGACAUUUCGUCACAUUUAUCGUGGGCAGCCAAAGAGACACCUUCUAACAACUGGAUGGAGUCUUUUUGUUGGGGCCAAACGGCUCAAAGCAGGAGAUUCUGUCUUAUUUAUCAGGGAUGAGAAGUCACAACUCCUUGUGGGUGUUAGACGGGCCACCCGACAACAACCGCCUUUGUCAUCAUCUGUCCUGUCUACCGACAGUAUGCACAUAGGUGUUCUUGCUGCUGCGGCUCAUGCCGCAUCAAGUGGUGGCUCAUUUACUAUCUACUACAAUCCUCGGACAAGUCCGUCGCCAUUUGUAAUUCCUCUUACAAGGUACAAUAAGGCCACAUAUAUGCAGCCAUCAGUUGGAAUGAGGUUUGCAAUGAUGUUUGAGACAGAGGAGUCAAGCAAGCGCAGAUGCACCGGUACAAUUGUGGGAAUUAGCGACUAUGAUCCGAUGCGAUGGCCGAACUCAAAAUGGCGUAACUUGCAGGUAGAAUGGGAUGAACAUGGGUAUGGAGAAAGAUCUGAAAGAGUUAGCCUAUGGGAUAUUGAAACCCCAGAAAACUCUCUGGUUUUCUCUUCUCCAUUGAAUUCGAAGCGGCAAUGUCUUCCUAGUUAUGGAGUUCCUGGGCUACAAAUUGGAUCUGUAAAUAUGUCAUCAAUUCCAAGGGCACAAGCAAAUCCUUUUGGUAACUUGCAACACAUGCCAGGGAUCGGCUCAGAGUUGGCUUUGAUGCUUCUGAAUCAAUCUGGCCAGAACCUCGGAAGUCCGCUUGCUUGUCAGCAAUCCUCAUUCUCUAGUAUUAUUCAAAAUGUUAAGCAUGGCUAUAUCCCUCCAUCAACAUUUGGUUCUUCCACUGGUUCAGUAAAGCAAGAAAACAUGCUCUCAAAUGAAGCCCAACAGCAGUUGAAUGCACCUAAUAUUGAGAAAGAUGAUCAAGUAAGCUGUGAAGUUCAGCCAAGUAUUGAUUCAAUUUCUGUGCAGGAGCUAAAUGUUAAAGCAAGAGGGCCCAGAAACACAGAUUCAUACUCAAGUCAAAGUAUUUCGGAUCAAAACAGCAAGGGUGAGCCUAGAACUAAAACUCGAAGGAGCAAGAAGGGCUUGUCUCACAAAUCCAUUUCAGAUAAAUCUGAGCUUUCUUCAGUGCCUUCUCAGAUUUAUGAUAACAAGCGGCAUGGUUCAGAACCAAAAUUGGUUGAUUGUGAAGCCGAACAAGUUAACUGUGGAGAUAAUGAAGAUUCAUCCGGUGCACUUACUCGAGGUGGUUUUGCUGGAGAGCCGCAAGUUCAGCAGGUUGAACAACAUGAACUACUGUCACCACCAAAGCUGGAAUCGUCCAAAUCACCUGAUGGAGGGAAGUCAGUCAGCUCAUUUCCAAACCAAGGGUGUUCUCCACAGUUCUUUGAGGGUCUGGAUUGGGUAAUUCAGCCUUCCUAUUACCAGGACUCCAAUGGCAUUCAUUCAGUUAGCGGAUCAGAGAACAUUUUGAAUCAAUCUACAGAUAUAACUUCUGCUAUAAAUGCUGAUACCAUGGAGGCAUUUCAGACCUCUUGCCUUUCAGAGUGCUUUCCCAAUUCAGUUCAAGAGUUUAUCAGCAGUCCAGAUCUGAAUUCACUAACAUUUAUGUCGCAUGACAUGCAACAUUUCGAAGGUCAACAUGAGGUGAACAACCUGCCAAGCACAUCCAACUCAUAUGUGCAAAUGAGUUACUCAGAGGAAAGCGGAAAUCAGAGUGCAUCGUUAAGUGGCCUGCACAUGGAAGCUAUCCAUAUAAACAGCUCAUGCUCUGAACCAGUGGCAACUGGGAGCUUUGAUACAGGAAUGUUCUCAAAGUUGCCAGAUUUAAGAGAAUCCCAAGUAUUGCCUCUGCAAGAGAUCCAUAACAGUUCCAUGGGAACCCCUUCCUGCAGUAUGGAUGCAGCCGAGUACAGCAUUGAUCGGAGUGCGAAGCCGAUGAGACCACCUGUCCGUACAUAUACAAAGGUCCAAAAGCUGGGAUCAGUUGGAAGAUCUAUUGAUGUUACACGAUAUAGAGAUUACCAUGAGUUGAGGUCAGCCAUCGCGUGCAUGUUUGGACUCCAGGGGAAAUUGGAACAUCCUGGCAGUUCAGACUGGAAGCUUGUGUAUGUUGACUACGAGAACGAUGUUCUUCUCGUUGGAGACGAUCCAUGGGAGGAAUUCAUCAACUGUGUCAGAUGCAUCCGGAUUUUAUCGCCUUCAGAAGUACAGCAGAUGAGCGAGAAUGGCGUGCACGUCUUGAAUGAUUGCAUCCAAAUAGCUUAGUAAGAACUGCUCUGCAGCCUGCACAAGCACAAUGUAACACUGCAACGCGAGAAAUGAGUGCCUCAGUAGCAUAGUUGUGCUGUAAAUAAAAGAUAUGCGCAUCGAGUUCUCUGGAUGUUUUAUUUCUUUUCUAGCAUGAGAAGAGACAACUUGUUACGAAGAAGAAACGGGUUGUUCCUGUAAUGAUCGAGUUACCAACAUACCAUAGACGUAGGAGCAGACUGAAUGGCUAAUAGCAUGUUUGACAA